AUGAUGGAGAGCCUGCGCGGUCUGACCAUGGCCACAGCCAUGGAGAACGAAGUGGUGGCGUUUGUGGUGUACUCGGUCCUGGUCCUGGUCGUGGCCGACGCCUUUGUCACCUUUGUUCUUGGCGUCUCUCCGCGUGCUCGGUGGUACUUUGUCCAUGCUAUUGGCAAUGGAUUUGUGUGUGCCACGUGCAUUGCACCUGCUCUCACUUUUCUGGCUGAUCCCGUGGACGCUCUGCGCAAUCCCAUCCGCUUUGAUCCCUCGGCAACCAUCAUCGCCGUCAUCCACGCCUACCACAUUGCUCUCUUCAAGUGCUCCACCGCAGACAUUGUGCAUCACUUUCUCUUUGUCUUUAUCGGCACCACCGUCCAGGUCUUCUACGGCGGCGAGUACGGCGGCCUUGCUGCUGUCUACCACUUUGCCAUCUGCGGCCUACCUGGUGGCAUCGACUACUUCCUCUCGGGCCUCGUCGACAUGGGCCUCGUCGCCAAGAUCACCCGCAUCCGCGUCGCUGUCGAGCUCAACAUGUGGCUCCGCUCACCGCUGCUGAUUGCCUGUGCCACCUUUGCCCUUCUCUGGUACACCAUGUCCGACAAGAACGCCUUUACCACCGUCGGUGCCGGCCUCAUGGUCUUUAUCUCGGUCGGCAACUCACAGUACUACGCCCGCCAGGUCUGUCUUGCCGCCGGCCGCAAGUACAAGAUCGACUAA